AUGCCGACUGGACCUGUAGACAAGAGCCUAGUGAAUGCCGUGCGAGAGUUCCUGAAGGACGUUGAUCGGAUCUAUGAUCCAGCGCACCACGACGACGAAGGCAUCGUAGCAGAAAUCGACGAGAUGGGGCAGACCAUAGGCCGGGACGAGAUGGUCGACCUUGUGCUCAGCGAGGCAUACUAUGGCUGGUCGUUGGCUUUCUGCCAACAGAUGAAGAAGAGGAUGCUUGAAGACCGCCCUGUCGGCCAGUCGACGCCGGCGUGGACAUCGACCCAAACCAUCGCUCCUGGAAGAUGUCUUUACAGACCUGCUGAAUCCUGCGGUCCUGUCUACCGCAUUCACCAGUUUGAUGUCUCCGGAUGUUGA